AUGUCGCUAUUAAUCUUUUCUUUCUUUCUAUUUUUCUUUCUUUCUAUAUCACGACUACUUUUCUUUCUUUCUUUCUUUUUCUUUCUUUCUUUCUUUCUUAACAUUCCUAUCACUUUCGCUAUUAAGUUUUUAUUUUCUUUUUUCUUUCAUUCUUUCUUUUUUCUUUCUUUCUUUCUAAUGAAUUAUCAUUUCAUUCUUUUUGACAUUUCUAUCACUAUCGCUAUUAAACUUUUCCUUUCUUUCUUUCUUUCUUUCUUUCUUUCUUUCUUUCUUUCUUUCUCAGUAGUCAGCUUUCAUUAUUUCUUUCUUUUUCUUUUAUCCUUACUAUAUCAAUAUUAUCUUCCAUUCUUUCUUUCUUUUUUCUUUUAUUCUUACUAUAUAAAUAAUAAGUUUACUUUCUUAUCGAUUUUUCUUUCUUUCUUUCUUUCUUUCUUUCUCACUAGUCAGUAUUCAUUCUUUCUUUCUUUUUUAUUUUAUGCUUACUAUAUCAAUAGUAACCUUUCUUUUUUAUCGUCUUUUUCUUUCUUUCUUUUUUUUUCUUUCUUUCUAAAUUACGAGUUAACUCACUUUCUCUCUCUCCUCACUUGCCCGUCAUGUAUUCGAUAA